CUACUCCGUACCAAUUCACCAAUUCACCACCAUCUCACCAUUUCGCCAUGUCACCAUUUCACCACUUCGCCAUGUCACCCUCGUCGCCCCGGGCUUUCUGCGCCGGGCCAAUCCAUUUCACGUGCGGAUCUUCUCGUGCAUUUGAUGUGCUGCUUGUCUACCACCACCCAAACGCCCGCCCAGGCGUGAGAGACAGGUUGGCAAUCCUUUCCGACGACUCCGUCGCCAGCAGCCAAGCCUUGACUUCUUAGCCUCCAAACAGAUGAACAAGCCCUCGUCCCGCUCACUCUCCCGCCAUGAUCAUUGCUCCACCUCUUCUACUCUGCUCUCAUCCGACCUGUCCGAGCGAGCUUGUUGGCUCUACCGCUCGCUGGCGACGGCGUUGUGACAUGAACAUGCGCUACGGCGCCAUUCCAAUCAUAGACUCCAACCAUGACCCACCCUUUCCUUGACCCUUCAGAAUCACCAGAUAUAGCUCCUCUACCCGUGAGACGCGCCGUCCAGCUCCGUGAGUCAACCCUCGUUAAUAGCAUAUCCAAUCCAUACCGUCCUUCCAAACUGACCACCUCGCUAGGAAAUGGCGUUCUCAACCCCUACAUCUACGACCCAAACCUCCCCGUCGCCAUCCUAGGCGCCGUCAUCUUUCCAGCCGUCUCCCUCUUCCUCGUGUACCAAUACUUCCGCUACCGCUCCUGGUUCUUUUGGGCCGCUGUCAUCGGCGUCCUCAUGGAAGCCACCGGCUUCCUCUGCCGCGUCAUCUCCGCCCACCACGAACACCAAGACCUCCCCUUCCUCGUGGCCUUCCUCAUGAUCCUGCUCGCCCCUUCCUUCCUCGCCGCCGCCUGCUACACCGCCUUCAGCCGCGUCGUCUGGUUCUCGUGCCCGACCCACGCCCUCGAUUUCAAAACCCUCUGGUGCUUCCCCCGUUGGAUCACCCCGACCUUCGUCAUCUUCGACCUCGUUUCCUUCCUCAUCCAGCUCGUCGGCGGCGGCCUCAUCUCCAGCGCCUAUGACCGUGACCCCAGCCUCGACCGCAGCAUCGAAACCUCGGAGAAGAAGAUGCUUCCAGGCCGCAUCAUCCUCAUCCUAGGCCUCAUCCUGCAGAUGUCGUGCUUCGCCUCGUUUGCUGUGAUUGCUGUCCGCUACUUUGUCAUUUCCAGGAAAUGGCGGGAAGAAGAUUUGGGCGACUGGGCAAUGUGGCGCCGCCUCAGCGGAAUGAUCAACACGGCCGCCGCCUUCAUCACGCUUCGCGCCAUCUACCGCACGGUGGAGAUUCCGCACGACAAGGAUACAGGGCUGAAGUAUCUGCAGAGCCAUGAGUGGUGCUUUUGGGUCUUUGAUGCGCUGCCCAUCCUAGCCACCUUGGUCGUCUUUGCCGUCUGGCAUCCGGGACGAUACUUGCCCAGGAGUUAUACGGGGCUUGCCUUGGACAAGAGGAGGGCGAUUCAGCAAAAGGAGGAGAUUAGGCCGCCCAGUUUUGUGGGUAAGGUGGAUGGUAGCCAGGAAAUCCACGAGGACGAGUUGAGGGAAUUCCGGCCAGAGGACUUUGGGGACGCGAGGGUGGUGGGGAGGAGUGGGCCAGUAUAGAUGAGGCAAUGUGGGAGGAAAGUUUUACGGGAAUAUUACUUAAAAUACAUGCAUGUUUGAACGGGAAUGCUUAGAAAAGCGUAAGGGAUCGGACAGGGGGACGGAGUCAACAUUGAUACCAUUGCAUUUACGGCGUUAUUUUAUGUCCCAUUAAAAAGCGGAAGUUCAGUCUCGACUGGCGUUAGGAAGGCGGAAAAGAAACUACAAAGCGGAAAUCGAAUUCGUC